AUGGAGAAAUUCCAGUCUGUUGACCACCUUGAUGGUCUCAUAGCUUCAUGUUUGAAGAACAUGGCAAUUGUUGCAGAACAGCUCCGUGUACAAGGCUACAACACCGAAGCCAACAAGAUCGGCCAGUUGAGUGUGCAGCUAGUCAACGAAUUCAGGGGAGCUUCGAUUCAGCUAAGAGAGAGAGACGCGGCAUCUCCUUACCCUUUGACUGAAGAUGGCCCGUUGAAGCAGGAAGCUGCAGCAGUCGAAGUCCACCUUGACUACCCGACCCAGCAGCACUCACCUUGCAGCGACGACUUUCAGAUACACCAUUCCAAUACCUGGGCAAGAGUUGUAGCAGACAAGCCCAACGUACAUCAUACUGAAAAAGCCCAUGUGCGAGUCGGACGAUACGGAAAACCAAUUUCUAAUGGUCACAACGGUUAUACACCUCGCUUGCCCAAUCGUUCCAAGGGCAGCAAAGAGGGUGAUGAAGUGCACGCGAACCACCACCGCCAUGAUGACCCCGUUCUUGAAUUUGGCAAAGCCGGCGUGGUCAGUAUCGAGGGACCUGUAAGAAGCAUUGCUCGCUUCCUCAGCUACGUAGCCGUUCGGAUCCACGAAGGCCCGGUCUACGACCUCAGCAUCGUGGACGAUCACAAGGCGAUUGUUGUGUUCCAGUACGCCCUUCAUGCGCAGAUCUUUGUCGAUCGGAACACCGAAUCGCAAGCGACCCGUGGCGAGUCUAUUUUUGGGCGUGGUGAUUGGACAGUCAAACUUGGACUGCCCAUGGAGUGGACUGACACAUUGAAACGAAUGGGCCACCCCCAUCGCGAACGCCGCCGUCUCACAUUUGUGAGAUCCAAGCUCUUUGCAGACCAGGCAAGCUACCACAAAUGGAUCCGCGAAGUCGAGGAUGUGGCCGGGGUAGGCAACGUCGACUUUGUGUGGGCAUUCAACACUGGAAAUGCGACCGCAGUAUUUUUUAGCGUGGCUGUAGCCCGCAAGGUCAUGCAGACCUUUUCCAAUUGGCGCCACAAUCGCGGCUGUUACGAAGAUUUGGCAGUCACAUACUCGACUGAUCCUUGCGAGAAAGAUCUACAGCUGACCACGCAGCUGCGCUACUUUGUCCAGCCAGCCCACCGCAGCUUUGAGCAGCAGUGCCCUGGUGGUGAUGAAAACCAUCCCACCGUGAAAAGGGCCAAUAGUGUGGUAUGA